UGUAGCUUUUCAGGACAGCGGUCAGGAGGCGAGGAAGAAUCAGGGAACCGUCUCUCGAGCAUAAGACAAGAGUUUGUUUUGUUUGUUGUUGCGGUCAUAAUGAAAGCCAUCAGUCCCGUCCGCUCGGUGAGGAGCUGCUACAAGGCGGUGUGCUGCAUCUCGGAGCAGAGUCUCACCAUCAGCCGGAAUAAACACUUGUGUCUGGAGGAGCCGGUGGGCGCCCUGUGCGACAUGAACGACUGUUACUCUAAGCUGAAGGAGCUGGUUCCCAGCAUCCCUCAGAACAAAUCAGUGAGCCAGGUGGAGAUCCUGCAGCACGUCAUCGACUACAUCUUCGACCUGCAGAUCGCGCUCGAGGCAGAGGACGUAGCGGCGCCGGAGAUGGUUUUGUCAAUAAAGACCGCAGAUCUUACGCGCAACUUCUCCAAAGAAGAAGGACGAUUGUGCCAUUAGGCUAAAAGAAAUUGCAGAUUGUGGUGCAGGGAAACACAUGUCUCCACUUCACUCCGGGCAAGAGGACAAGAGGGGCAGAAAGGGUGGGAUAGGUAUUUGGAGGAGAAGAAGAAGAAGAAGGAAGAGGAGGGAGGGAAGUGGAGGGUUUAAAGAAAGAAAGAAAAUACAGAAAAAAGUGGACUGUUUCCUAGAUGAGUGGGGAUCAACAGCAGUGCAUGAGCAAGAAAACAGAGACUCAUUCUUUGGCUCCUGGACAGACAAAUCAACACACCAAAGCAGAAGCCAGGAUUGGAAACUGAAAGCACGGGGCCCCCCUGUUGGUAGAUGUAGAACUAUUGGUACAUUAUGCUUCUAUUUUCUUAAUUUUUAAUAUCUAUGUUGCAUUCCAAACAGACUUUUUGUGGCUUGAACUCCACACCCAGCCUGACCCCUUUCCACACCAAGUCCCACAUCAUCUCACUGAUUUAUUUCCCUCCCUUUUGGUCCGAUUUGUAAAGAUCCAGAGACUGUUACUUCAUGUGAAUGUGUACAUAUCUGCUGUGGGUAUGUAUGGUGUGAUGUUGGUAUCUUUCCUGAGUGGGCGUUUGGGUUUCCUUAGGUAUAAUCAGAACUCUAUACUAGAGUUAAUUCUAACAGUUUGUAGGGAUUGUGUUAUUUCUACAGACAAAGUGUUGUGAGUUUCAUAAACUCUUUAUUAUAAAGUUUGCUUUGUAUGUAUGUUCUUAUGUAAUGAAAUAAACCAACACGUGAAACA